AUGGACCCGAGUGUAGCCGUCAGCGUUUCAUAUUCGCAGAGCGACUCAUCGUCUUCUUCUCAUAACAACUUAAUGUACACACCAGCAUCUCAGUCUAAUUCUAAUCCUUCGAAUUCUUCCAAACCAAAACCUGGAAUUUUGGUAUCUCAGCACAAAGGGAUGACACUGUAUACACAACUGAAUCCGCCUGCUGCGGACUUUGAUGAUCAGCGCGUAUAUGGUAAAAAUUUAUAUUUGAAAUUCAAGCUAAACAAGAGCUUAUUUGAUACAUAUUUGAUUUACAAAUACUUUGACGACCAGCGACUCUACGAUGACUCUCUGGCUCCUCCGUUAACGUGUCCCAACCUGAAGGAUUUCAUAGAUUACUACCAGUUGACUUCGUAUACGUUGGAGAAUGCAUUGCAACAAGUCGAGUACUACUUCUCGCCACCAAAUCUGGUGAAAGACAAGUUCAUGCUCCAGUCUAAGGAUAGCGACGACUUCAUCGACAUCGGAUUCGUCAGCAACUUCGGCAAGAUGAAGUUCAUCCUAAGAGACAUGAGUGAAAACCAGCGACGAAGGAUAGUGACUCUGAUGCUGAGAGAUUCACCCAUGGUCGAGCUCAAUGCCACAGAGACGAGAAUGAGGAGCAUUCCGUUGAGCGCAAUGAUUAGAAAUGUUCUCGUCUUCCGAAACAUCCAUCCAUCUUGCACAGCGGACGACAUCAAGAAUCUUGUUAAUAGUGAGGCUACUGGGAGAGGGUGCAACUGCUUCCCGGCCGACCCGCUCUAUCUCCCACCGCUCUCUUCAUUCGCACAGGACUUGUACCAGGACACCAACCAGUGGCUGGUCCAGUUUGAAUCAGAAGAGGCUGCAACGAGUAUUUAUCAAAUAGUUACUAAGGGGAUUUCACUACUGGACAACCAGGUCUUUGUUAGGGUGCUCCUUCAAUCCUCCACAGCCUACAACAAUCUGCUCUUACCUGCGCCUGGAAUGAGGCUAUCAGAUUUUAACCCAGCCUCCUCCGAGCAGUACAUGAUAAACUAUAUUUCGCCAAAUCAGAUCAUCUACCAGCAGCCAUCCCUGCCACCUCAUCAGCCUCAGCAGCUGCUCCAAUUUCCAAAUUCUUUAGGAAGUCUACAGCAGCAACAGUCUGGCCUGCAGAUGGCCCCACAACAGGCGCCACUACUGCCAACGACGACGUCUAAUUAUGACGCAACUCUAACGCACGUCAUAAAUCAGCAGCAACUCCAACACCCUCCACCCCCGACUCCCCAACGGCAAUAUUUAUACCCGGCCGCGCUGCACACUGCAUCCAUACCUGUUCAAGGAAUUCCACCCAACAGCCAGUUUAGGCAGCAACCACAACAGACACCACAGCAACAACAGCAUCACCAGCCGCAACCACAAACGCAGUUGCAGCCCAAGAUCUAUCAGCAGUUUCCGACCCAAGGAGGCAUCAUCUAUCAACACCCGGCGACUCCGUUCGUAUGCCCUCAGCUGUUCUUCGACCCAACAGGAGGAGGAUAUGUGCCGGUUCAAUUCCCGCCGCAGCAGUUAGUGACGUUGGGGUUCAACAACAGGCUCAGGGGUCCGAUUGUUGUCAACCCCAGCCCUAACCCACCUAUGGUCAUCCCGCAACAGCCUCCUCCUGCCCCACCACAACAACAACAACAGCCACCUACUCAGCAGCAGCAGCAGCAACAACCGCAACAGACGCAACAGCUGCAACAACCGCCACAACAAAUAGUACAACACCAAGUGAUUGCCACGUCGACGACAGCCACUACUUUUUCGCCAGCUGCUGCUAACAGCGGCAACAACAACAGCAGCUACAUGCAGCACCAACAUCAACAACAAAUGCUGCACCAACAUAUGAUGCAUAUGUCAACGGCCAUCAACAACAACAACAGCAGUAACAUAGGUUUGCAACAGCAACAACCUCAUCAGCAUGCUGGAUAUGGCGUUGCGAGCGUCGGCCAGAACAGCAGCAGCAACAACAAACAAAGGAUAUACAAUGGAAAGAAUCCAAAAUAUCAAAAUAAAAACCAGUUGCAACAACAGCAACAACAACAACAGCUGCAACAACAACAGCAGCAACAACAACAACAGCACAUAAAUCAAAACAUUCAUCUGUUCUUACAGCAACAUCAGCAACAAUCCCAACAACAGCAGCAGCAACAACAACAACCACACAUACCUCUUCCACAACCACCUCCCCAGCAGCUGCAACAACAACAACAACAACACUAUCAUCAGCUACAACAACCACAACAGCAACAGCCAACCACAACAGCUGCAACUACCCAAUCCAGCAGCGUUAAAUCAGAACUCCUAUCUCUGAGAACUGUGACUACGCCUGACGACUCUGCAGCGCCAUCUGCAAACAACAGCGCGCCAUCUUUUGUCAGGCAACUGAAUAAACUGAAUCUUGAGGGCUCUGGCAAUAGUAGCAGCAGUCUGGCCAGCCACAAUCCUCCCAGCAACAACAACAACAACAACAUCAGCAGUGUUAGUAGUAGCAGUAACACCACGGAUAUCAACGUUAAUCACGCUAUUACCAAAUGGCAUCAUCAGCAGCAACAACAUCAGCAGCAGCCUGUGCAGCAGCAGCACCAGCCACAACACCAUCAACCACAAGAAAUCACCUUUCACCAGCAGCAGCAACCACAGCAGCCACAGCCAGCUCAACACCACCACCAUCAGCAACAACACUACGGCAGUAAAAACAGCUACCAGGCCCAUGAUCAACUCAACUUUCACCACAACGCGUAUCAGGGCUACCAUGGCAACAAUGGCAACAACUACCAUGGCAACAGCACUUUUCAUUUGCAACAGCAGCAACAGCAGCACCACGGCCAUUAUGGACAGUCGUCUGUCCAGACCAACUGGCGUGGCUCGAGGGACUAUAAUGGUAGAUUUGGGACGGGUGGUAACGUAGGAGGACGUGCUCGACGGGGCGGCAAAUUCGACGACCCCUAUAGGAAUCGCAACAACAACAACAACAGUAACAACAGCAGGAUUCCUCAACAGCAGCAACAACAUCAACAGCAACAGCAUGUUGCGUCGAAUGCUGCUAGUCAGCAAGCUACUCAGCAGCUGCAACAGCCACCGUCUCCUAGCAACAGCGAACUGGACAACUCAAACUUUCCUCCUUUGACGUGCAAUAUCCAGGCAUCCGGUGCUCCUUCAAGCCAAGUGGAGUCGACUGCUCAUCAUGUGCAUCAGCAGUCGUCACCACCCUCGCCGCCAACUUCAUCGACAUCUCUGCAUCACAAUCAGCAGCAGCAGCAGCAGUCACCACCAGGAUCAUUGGGGCCUUCAGGUCAACACAACAUCCCGACAUCAACGUUCAUGACGUCAUCCUCCAUGAAGACGACAGCAGCACAACAGUCCGGAAACAAACUAGUUACUCCCCCGAACAAGCAGCAGCAGCAUGCAUCAACCACAACAGCCGCCAUCACAGAGUUGAGUCCUGGAGACCACCCGGAGAGAGCCAAAAUGAGUUAUGCACAAAUCAUCAAAGGAAAGGAAUCAGCAUUGAUGAUCCCACCAGCCUCUGUCUUAACAUCUGACCAGUCCAUCCUUGCUGUUGGCAAGAAAGAAGCCUCAAUGACGUCACCGACUUCAACAACAAGUAGCAACCAGCAAGCUACUGCAGCUGUUCGCAGCCUGAAAAGCAACGACUCGUCCAGCUGCGAGGACAUCACUGAGACAGCUGAACCAGAAGCGAAAGAAGACGAGGCAAUGCUGUCACAUCAUCAGCAAGCAGCAACAGCAACAGCAGCUGGUCCAGCUACUUCAAAUGCUGCUCCUUCUACGAAUACCUCUUCAGCAACUGCUUCCGCCACAGGCAACUGCAUGUCGACAUCCUCGUCGUCGUCAUCCUCUGGCCCUAUGAUGCACAGAAACCGACAACAGCAUCAGCAACAGCAUCAGUCGUUCUCUCGGAAAGGUGGCGCGGGAGGCCACAGUAGCAUGAAAAGAGGCGGUGGAAGCGGCGCAGUUGUCAGCAUUUGUAUAUCUGUUAGAAUAGUGAUGUAUGAUAAUGAGAGGAUAUCAUCUGAUAGAUGGCAGUAUAAUGACGCCGACGACGACUGCUGUAUUAACUGGAAAUCAUGCUCCUGCAUUUCGUUACGAUUUGCAAGCGGUAAAACGAAACGAAACGGCGUUAAUAUAUUUGCUUCAGGGGAAACGAAACGGUACGGCUACAGAUACAACUGUUGUUGUUGUGUUGUCCACAGAAACGCGGCGAACGUUGCGUCGGUCGCUAUUUUGUGGCAUUUGACUUUCUGUGAGAUGGUAGAUGACUUCUUCUUAAUCCAAAGUCUGAUGCGCAUACUCUACCACAAUUUGACAACCGCAUCGAGGAUCAGUUUGUUUCGAUUCAUCUUGUUGUUGCUGCAAUAA